AUGUCUCAUGCUAGUAUCGUGUUGAUUUUCUCCAUUGCCGUCGCAGUCGCAGUCGCAUUCACCAAAGCAUUCACCACCCCAAGCAAACGGACACACACCAGUGUCCGCGCCGUCAGGACUUUAUUGAAUCCCCCUGAUAUCCCCAUUGUCGCAUUACUACGCGCAAGAUCCAUACCAAAUCAGCGUUUGGUGAAGGCGCUCGGUAUAUCGAGCACAUUCGUCAGCGAUGAUCCUGGCGUUCACGACACGUUCGCCCGCGAGGCGAAAGUUUUGAUAACCGCCGUCAGCACCAAAGAUGGAUGGUCGAGGCUCGUUGACGUCGCCGAAACCUGCGUGAACAGGUUCCUUGACGCGAAGAGCCUCGACUACGCCACCUUUGUGCAGUCUGUCACGCUCAGCGUCGUGUUGGCAGGUCUGCUGGGUACAGAUAUUGAAGAUCUUGACCCCGCGGACGUCGCAUUUGUGACAAAAGCCAUUAACGACCGUUGGGCACAAUCCAAGUCGAGCACUGCUCUUACUACAGAGGUGCUUGAUCAAAUCAACCAUCACAUCGUCAGAUGGGUUCCAAACCGAACCAACCCACUCAAUCUCAUCAUCCCCGCAUACGAGACAAUGUGGCGUGUAGCAGCAAUUGCGGUAGUAUAUUCUAACCGUGAUUGUCUGCUACGCGAUGCAUUUAUCUCAUACGAUGAGAACCCCACUGACGAUCAAUUUUGCGCCUUUUCAAACGAAGGGACAAGAGCGCAGCCUAGUGUAGAGGCCAUCAUCAGUGAGGUUCUCCGACUCCACCCCCCGACUCGUCACAUCACUCGCGCCGUUGUCGUCCCAUGGUGGAAGCGGCCGUUUGUCCCAUCUGUAGAUGUGGCAGACAUCGAAGGGGCACAGAAAUCUUCUAUGUUCGGGAGUGAUACUGAAUCCUUCAAUCCUAUGCGGUUCCACGCGAGCCAGUCCGCUCCUAGAAGGGAUCAGCUGUAUGCCUUUGGGCACGGAAAGCUGAAGUGUGUAGCGGCAAGCUGGGCGCCGCCAGCUGCAGCUGUCAUCACCGCAAAAAUCAUGGCCAAAUUGGAUGGUGUUGCGUUCAAGCUGCAGGAAGGACCACGCGUUGGGAAAAGGGAAGGAUGGGAGGGUUGGUCAAUUCAAAGAGUAUAA